GCGGUCACUAUAUAUUUUUAUGCAAAACAAAUUUGUUCUGCCUCUGUUUGAGCAAUAUUUGGGCAGAGGUUUAAUUGUGUGGGCAAUGUGUUUGACGUAAUGACAUUGAGAAGAGCCAUUUAUUAUGUAUGGUUUGAAUGUGACUUGAAUGCAUGGUAAUGGUAUGGAGGCACCCAUAUUCAAUCCUCGUUGGAAAUAUAGAACUCCAAAAACAUUUUGCUUGACUGCAUAUAGAGCUAGAAUAGAAUUUCUGAAAUUAUCCAUUUGUUAUCUGGGAACCAUGAUAAUAUUGCUCGUCUUCUUGAUGUAUAAUGUAACUUCUAGGUUAUUCACUUUAUCAAGCAAUAUCAUAUUAGAAUUUUGGUAAAUUUCACAUUAUGGCAAAUCUUUUGAUUUACUGCUUCAUGCAAUUGGCUUUCAGUUUACAUAUUCUGCUUCAAGGAUAUACUAAGCGACCAGUCACUCAUUUUCCAUUUCCCUUAACUAGAUAGUAUAAUUUUGUCUGGCACUCGUUCUGUUUUUCUAAUAUCUCCUCUAAGUAUGUUAAGUAUGUUAGUCGGUCUUCACAUAAGCAGUAGAGCAUCCUGGUUUUCAUCAAGUUCUUAUUCUUAAGAGGCUUACUUGAGCUAUUUCUAAAUCUAUGCCUACUUAACUCUAUCCAACAACUAAAGCAACAAUAACAAACUAACUCUUCUUCGUAAUAGAUUUGAAGUCAACUAGAUGAAUCCGUUUACAUUGAUCCGUUGGAUCCCAUCAACAGUUUAUCUUCACUGAUGUUUUCUCGCCUUCACCAAACUUUAUCUGUAUUCAAGGGUGAUAGGAUUUUAAGUUUGUUUCCCCAAAAGCUCUAUGCAACCUAACAUAGAAAAAGACACCGCAGAGUUUUUCUUCGCUAGAUUUUUUGGUUAGCUCUCAAUACAUAUGGUAGUGCAUAUCCAGCAUAAGAUAAUAAUGAAUCAGCAUCUAACAAAGAAAAGGAGAAAGAAUGCGUAAAUACGUGAUCGACAUAUGAACAUUUAGACACAUGUAACCAUGGUAGUAGAAGCAUAAAGAAGAGGCCUUGAUAGAAUUGAUAACAGGGAGCUUUCAACUGCCAAUGGAGUUAGAAUAACUAAUAAAUUAAGAGAAGGCCCAACUUUCAAGAAAAUAAACUUACAAGAUCAAUUCUUUUUGAUAUCAUAUUUGGUUUUUUUGACAGCGUUUUGCCUAGCAUGAUCUAUUAAUAUCCCUAGUCUGGGUGAUAAUCUCUUCCUGCCAAAUCUUUACAUCUGAUAUAUGAGUGCAGCGACAGUCUCUUCCUCCCCAAAAAUCACAGAGAAAAUGGCUCGAGAAAGCCCUGCAGAGCAGGCCCAAGUCCUCGUCAAAAGUAGAAUCUGCAAUCCCAAUUUCAUCUUCUCUAUUUUCUCCAAUUCUCCCGACUCCAACUACAGGACAUUAAUGAUAGGAUUCAGCUUUUGUAUUUAUUUGUAGAACCAUAGUCAAAUUUCAUUCACGUCACUGCAAUUUUUUAUGUUUUUUUUUGGUUCUGUAUUUUCAGUAAAUUGAAAUAUAUAAUAUCGAGUUCGCUAACUGAGGCGUGCAACAAUUCUGUUCUGCUUCUAGGUCCUCGUGGCUGCGGAAAAGUUGCGAUUUUAGAGCUAGUUCUUGAAGAUCUGUUGGAAGAAUAUCCUGACAUGAUUUCAGUGAUUAAGCUCAAUGGGCUUCUGCACUGUGAUCAUAAUUGUGCACUCAAGGAGAUAUCUAGGCAGUUGUGUCAGGAACAUCAAUUGCUUUUCUCCAAAAUGGCAUCAUUUGAUGAUAAUGCCCAAUUUAUGGUAUCCAUGUUGCGAGAGUGUGGAUUAGCUCAUAAAACAAUUAUUUUUGUACUUGACGAGUUUGACCUUUUUGCACAGGGUAAACAACUAUUUCUUUAUAGCUUGCUAGAUGCAAUGCAAUCAGUAACAUCACAAGCUGUUGUUAUUGGUAUCAGUUGCAGAUUAGAUGCUGAUCAGCUUUUGGAGAAGAGAGUAAGAUCUCGUUUUUCACAUAGGAAGCUGUUAUUUCUCCCUCCCUCAAGGGAGGAUACAGAAAGGCUUUUAGAACACAUUCUGCUAUUGCCAACAAAUUCAAGCUUUCCACAUGAAUAUGUAACAGCUUUCAAUGUCAAACUCCUCAAGAUAUUUGCAGAUUACAAAUUCAAAGAAAUUGUUGAUACCCUAUCUUAUUCUGAUUCAACUGUCAACCAUCUGCAAAGAUUUUUGUUUUCUACUGUUUCUCAUAUGGAUUUGAAAUCUGGUCUCCUAUCACUUGAGAACUUCAAAGCUGCACUUUCGACCAUACAAAGACAGCCAAAGCUUGAGGUUUUGAAAGAUUGCUCCAUUCUAGAGCUUUACAUUUUGGUUUGCAUGAAAAGGUUGGAGGCCAAAGAGCAGGAAUUACGCAACUUUAAUGCGAUAAUGAAAGAGUACAAGAGCAUACACGAUACGUUUCAAACAUCUAAUUAUUAUGCACGGAACGUAUGCUUGCGGGCAUUUGAGCAUCUUUUGCAACGUGAACUCAUCUCCUUUGAGGACAACAGAGGGCACGGGCAAUCUGCUGAAUUUCGUCCAGUAAAACUUUUAAUAUCACGGCCUGAAUUAUAUCAAGGACUCAAAUCAUAUCCCUCUUGUCCGACGAUUUUGCAUAAACUAAUGGAUCGUGAUGGUUGAGCAAACUGAAAGGACGGUAUGUAUUCAGCCGUGAGCUCUGGCUUUCGUCCUGAUUCAUCUUAAUUUGGCGAUUUGUAUAACGGUCAAAUGAUAUGCAACUUUGCCUUCUGCUUUCUGCCAACGCCUAAUAAUGGGGAAUAAUUUAAUUGUUUAUAAAUGAAUGAUCAAUUGUGCGUUUAAUUUGUUGUUUUCAAGUUGUUUUCAGUUUU